AUGGUACGCUUGAUCUUAGAACAAGUCGACAGUGAAGCCGCGCUGAUCAAUUUAGAUCAGUCCAAGGCCUUCGAUAGGGUUGACCAUCGGUUUCUGGAGGCUGUCCUGUCGGCGGCCGGUUUCGGAGCCGACUUUCGCUCCUGGAUCCGUCUCUUGUAUGCGACCUCCGGUGCGCUGGUGGAAGUGAAUGGGGUGAGGUCGGAGCCUUUCGUAUUGUCUCGCUCCAUUCGUCAAGGUUGUCCGCUAUCGCCCUUGCUUUACGUUCUUGCGUUGGAACCAUUCCUUCGCAAGUUAAAGGCGAAUCCGGUCCUGCGCGGAAUUUCCCUGCCUGGCGCUACCACCUCGGCCAGGUAUUCUGCCUAUGCUGACGACGUUUCAGCUCUUGUGUCGAGCAGAGCCGAGAUUGACGAAGUCAGCAAAGAAAUCAGUGGGUAUGAGAUGGUAACAGGGGCCAGGAUCAACCGCGAUAAGUCUGUGGGCUUGCGGUUGGGUGCGUGGAGGGAGUUUCUCUUCCCGGACCUUUCCUCUGGACGGAUGGGCCGAUCAAGAUACUCGGCGAGACUUUCCCUGAAGGGAAGGGCGGAAGUAUGUGUUUCACAUCUAUCCGAUCCUCCUCUACCGACUCUCUGUGCUUCCACUCCCGUAUGCCCGACUAUUGUCUUUAGUCCGGGCCUUGUUCUCUUUCUUGUGGAGAGGCAAGGUCCCUAUGGUAUCUCGCGAGGUCUGUUGCCUCCAUCCCUCUGA